AUGGCAACGACCGCUUUUCCUCCAGCUCUUCCACCGCACGCCGUCACUCUCUUGCUUUCUCACCUCUCUCAGCUCGACGAUCCCCUACCUCCACAUCUUUUAUCUACCCCUCUCCGUCAGCGACACCACUAUCUAGGACUUGGUCAUGACCUCGACACUGCCCGCGGUGCUGCAACGUAUCUUUCUUGGUCAUCAGCCUCAGGCUCAGAAGCCGACUCGCUAAACAUUGUAAACCUCCUGAAUUAUCUGCCCUCUGCGGAGAACUUCGACCCUCUUGCUGCGUACCCGACUAAAUACUCUUACGACGGCGAAGCAGUCUUUGCACAUGCACAUGUACCGAUAACCAGCGUUGAAAGUAAUGACUGUGCCGGUCUUCGACUUGUCUUCCGCUGGGAAGCAGAGGAUGGCGAAGGCGUUGUGCAAGGCCGUGAAGGUGCCGCAACAAAUGCCGAUAAUUGGAAAUAUCAUGACGCCAAACCCAUGCCAUUUCCUCCGAAUACGCAUGACUCUCCUCAGGAGGCUUUACACGAACAGCUAAAAUCCUCCGUGCUAGCCAGCACAUCCACCACGCAAACUUCACAGUCACCUGCCCUUCGGCUACCUCAAAGCUCCGAACCAACUUUGACCCGUGCUGCGGGUCAUUCGGACUCUGAUGAUGACGACAACGAUGCAUACUGGAAUUCGUAUGGCCGAUCUAAUUCCGACGAUGAUGCAGAAGAGGGUGCGUUUGGUGUUCCGCGCAUAUCGGCGAAUAAGGAGAUCGACGAUGAGAGAGCCGAAGAAGCUUACUGGGCACAAUACGCCUCCGUACAUGGUACGGCGGACUCAACUCGACACUCGCCUCUCCCACAAAAACACAAACUCCAUGACCCUAACCAACCUAUCGCAGUCCGCGGCACAGCAGAUUAUCUAUCCUAUUUCGAUAACACUGGCAGUAGUCACGAACUACUCGCGCCAGACGUACGUCGACCAACUUCAGACGACCCAUACUCAUACUCCACCGAACACGAACACAUCGACUUCCUCCGUCGUUUCUCUCCCAACAGGGCAGAGUCACCAGAGAAAGGAACACCAAGUCCUAUAGACCUCGAACGCCGCCUAUUUAACAUCAGUCCGCGACCGGGUCUGAGUCCUAGUCCUUCACCCGCGCCGCACGAAACAGAGGAAGAUGCAGAAGACUCAGAACCCAUCAAAGUGGACCACAUGCAACUCGAAGAAUUCUCAUCUCCGGACUUGAUCUCGCCGGAAACCAGCGAUGGACAUACGUUGACGCCGCCAGGCGGUACUGUCGACGCUAUUCCCAAGAUGACACUGUCUGCUACAGAAAAAGCGCGGGAAGGUGUUGACACUGGUUUACACGAGGCUAUCCGAGGGAGUCGUGUAGACAAAAUGGAUUCGUCCGAGCAAAAGAGCAAGUUCAUUGAUAUCGUUCGGGAGGCACUCAAUGGCAUUUAG